CUCCCGCCGUCGAUCGUCGCCAGAGGAAGAAGCGCCGUCGUCUCUGUUUCGCCUGAGUGCCGGAGAGGAGAAUCUCUCUCUGAAGGAGCUGGCCAUCGGAGCCGCGACCGGGUAGAAUUCGUGGCGAAGAAGUUCUGAUUUCAUUGUGAUCAAAAAAGUCUGGCUUAAAAAAGACCAGAAAUGAAAUAAGCAGCAGCUCGUCACCAUCAACAUCUGACAUGCUUUAGCCAAUAUUCAACUAAAGUAGAGACUUCCGCAAAAGAGAACUUCUGAGAACAUGAAUGCAUAUAUUUCAUUUCCAUCUCCUUUGAAGUUGCUGCUAUUGCAUCUCACUUGUGGACUAGGCCUAGCCUCAGGUUUUUGGGUGGCAUUAAAUGUUUAUUCACUUACGUUGAUCCAACAAUCAGUACAAACACUUCUAAUAGUUUGGGUUGUUGAAGCUUCUAUCGUGAUCCCUAUCUACAGUCUAUUUAGGCUCAAUCCCGAUCAAUGCUCUUAUAUAAAAGCCAUAAUGAGAGGGCUGUUGAGUCUUCCUGCUGGUGCUCUAUUGAAUGCUUUUGGAGCGAUUAUAUUGGGUGCACCUGUUGGAAUCCAGCACUUUAUGAAGACAGUUAACUGGAGUCUUCUGAUGUCGGUUUUUACAUUUGCCCCUGCAGCUUCUGUCUAUGGCACAUCUUGGAAUGAUUGGCUCCGGAUAUUUGCUCACACAAAGCCUGUUGGAUUUACAGAUUUUAUGAUCUCAUUUCCUGCAUAUGGAUCAGUUAUUGGGGCUUGGUUUGGUGCUUGGCCUAUGCCUCUCGACUGGGAAAGACCUUGGCAGGAGUGGCCAAUUUGCGUGACUUACGGGGCCAUUCUCGGGUAUUUGAUUGGAAUGGCAGCAUCAGUUGGGUUCAGUUUCUUUCACAGUCAUCUGCAGCCGAAAAGAAAAGAGGACUAAUGUUUUGUUAGGUGUGAAAAAGGAAGUGAGAUACUGAAGCCAAGACUUGCUGCCUAUCUUCUGGAACAAAAGGUAUCUGGUAAUCUAAACAAAUAUGCACGCAUACAGACAUUGUUUGGAUUUGUUCACUCUGUGUGUGUCAUUAUAUAUAUAUAUGAAUAUAUAUGCAUUUUGAUUUUUUUUUUUUUUUAUAUAAUAGUUGUUGGAUGCAAUACUUUAUAUAAAAAAUUGGUAUACUUUUAUUGACAAUCAUAGAAGUUGUGCAUUACAAAAAAAUUGAAAAUAGCCAUUUCUGGUUUUGGUUUAUUAGUUGUUGGAUGUAAUCUUGCACUUUUUGGUGAAAUUUUGUUUCUUAAGUGAGAAGCACUUGUAAGUGCUUGUGAACUUUAGUCUUUUAUU